CCAGGCCCCAAAAAACUCUGCUCUUGCCGUCUCCGUGUGGAGUUAAUCAAGGAUGAAGGAAAUUCAGGUGGUAGUCCUGCCUCAAGUCCUGGCGAUGCUUCCGAACCCCAGCAACAACUUCAGGUUUGCACUUUGGAACGCACAUUCGAGAUCGACCUCCAUUCGGAAGCACCGUUCUUGCUGAAAAACCUUGAAGAUGUGAAGCAAUACUUCGCAACUGACCCAGCAGAGAAGGAGAUCACCAACGACUUAGCGAGUCUACUCUUCGACAAGUUUGGGUUGAACGACAAGUACGACAACUUCGACGAAUCGAGAUUAGUGCCGAUGUUGGACCGACUGCUGACGAGGCUCUUAGACCCACCGACGAAGGCAGAAGACGCGACUUUGGAGGAGGUGGAAUCAAUGGAGAACAGACUCCGAAACGAAGGUGUAGAAGGAGAUAGAGACUUGUUGUCGAUUUAUGGUCUCGUUGUAGAAUCUACUCUGUAUACUCUCGAAUGAUAGACAUCACAGUCCUCUUCUUACUCUCGUCGAAUGAUAGACAUCACAGUCCUCUUCUAUACAAUCCUGACAUUCCUCUGUACCUGUGGUUACUCCUACGUACUACAGUUUUCCUCUGUUUUAUAAUCUCACACUUGUCCUACUCCCAGUCCCCUCUUCUUUGUCUUUCCCCGCAUCAUCCUCUAUCCUCCUCUAAUUCCCGAUGCUCCGUGUCGAGUCUUUCCUCGACAUCAUCGACCGUCUAGGAGUCGAGAAGAUUUCGUGGGCUAACAGUUGGUUCCGUAAGUUCCCGAAAGAUACCUCACCUUCUGUAGAAGAGCUUUGUCGACUCCUCGACUACGUGAACAAAUUUGGCGGUCUUGAGGACUUUUUUGAUUUUUUCAAGAAAUUGCCGGACCUGCAGUCCUACAUGGACGCAGUGACGUUCUGGGAGGCAUUUUUGACUACACCUGGACCGUUUCAGGUGUUUGGCAACGGGUCGAUAGGAACGCAUCCACAAGAGAACGUCCACCGGCUGUCGACGCGGAGGCAUGUCCUGCAGCACAAACACAUUGUGGCGCAGCUGUUGUACCACCUGGAUCAGUGCGGCACUAAACCGUUGCUAGGUUUUCACUCGGCCAAUAUCAAGCCGAAACUAGGUGGCUCGAAUAGUCAGAGCAAGCCGGGUGCGGAACUGGCGAAGAUCUUAGAUUCCGGAAGAC